CACUUUCAGCCGAGUCGAUAACGGAAGGAAGAAGGAAAGAAAGACUCUCUCGACGAGUCAUAAACGCCUGGCUUCAGAGGAAUCGGUCAGCGUCGCCUUCAGGUUAUCGCCAUGAUUCGGAAUUCGGUGCUUUCAAAUUACGACGCCUUGAGCUGGACCACCAUUGUGAUUAUCGCUGUCUACGUACUCUACAGGCUGGUCAGGUCCCGCCAAAAAACAUUCAACUAUUUCAAGGAAAUCGGAAUACCGGGCCCGGAGCCAAGCCUUAUAUGGGGAAAUCUUGCCGAGUACCACAAGAAGGGCUUCGUGCACGCCAUCACAGACUGGAGCGCCAAGUAUGGGGACGUAUUCGGAUUUUACAAUGGCGAUCUUCCAAUGCUGGUCGUGAAGGACUUGGAUUUCAUAGCUUACGUUUUCGUGAAGGACUUCAAGAACUUCACUGAUAGAGGUGUUCUCAUGCGAACCAACCAGGAGCAUGGCGUCCUGAGUAACAGCCUCAUAAAUGCCAAAGGAGCAGAGUGGAAAAGAACGCGGAGCUGCAUGUCACAGGCUUUCACUUCCAACAAGCUGAAACAAAUGAUGCAGGACCUCGAAAAAUCAGCCGACCUUUUCGUCGAAACGCUGGGAAACUUCGCCGACUCUGGACGAGAGUUGGCUAUCCACAAGCCAUUACAAGGUCUGGCCUUAGACUACACCGGCCGGGCAGCUUUCGGACUCGACUGCUGCUUUCAGCGGAAUCUCUCGCAUUCUUUCAUGCGAGCUGCACUCGAGGUGGUACAUGGUCUCAUGACUGGACCAUUUCACAUGAUCGCCCAUUGCACAAGUACACUGGGCGAUAUUGUAUCCCCCAUAUUCUGGCUGAACGAAAAGUUUGGCUCCUUCAGCUUCAGCACUUUUGGCAAGGAAACCAAUAAGGUCGUAGAAAUGAGACUUCGCCGUCCAGAGGCGAGAAGACCAGACCUGUUGCAGAUUAUGCUAGACGCAACUGAGCGCGCAAACGAUGUUGACCCAAAAAGCAAAGCAGGCAUGACCCUUCAAGAAGUCGAGCUCAACACCACUGUGAUGAUGGUUGCCGGUUUCGAGACAACUUCGACGACGAUAGCCUUCAUGGCCUACGUUCUAGCAAAGUACCAAGAUGUCCAAGAAAAGGUCAGAACGGAAGUCACCGAAGCACUUGAGAAAUAUGGAAAGUUGAAUUACGAGGCUGUCAUGCAAAAUAUGAAGUACUUAAGAAGCGUUCUGGAUGAAACACUAAGGAUCUACCCCCCAAGCACUUUGUUUACCACAAGGCGUGCUAUCAAAGAUUUCGAAUAUAAUGGCGUCAGGUACAAGGCCGGUACUUCGAUCAUGGCUCCGACGAUGAAUAUACACAUGGACCAUCGCUACUGGCCUAAACCCCACAAGUUUGACCCCGAGAGGUUUCUCGGCGAAAACGUGGCCUCCCGGGCAUCCAUCGCUUACCAACCUUUUGGUGUUGGACCGAGAAGCUGCAUAGGAGAACGCCUCGCCAUCUUAGCUGUUAUGUAUACAGUGGCAAGAAUGGUUCGAAACUACAAAAUGAGCCUUGGAGAGUCUCAGCAGGGUGACCUCGAGCGCCGAUAUUAUGCCGCGAUGGCUGCACCAAAAAACGGUCCAUACAUCAAGUUUCAAAGAAUCUGAUGACCAGUUAUCUUCAGAUAUAUCAGGUACAUAGCCUGGACGUUAU